CACAAGAGUUCGUAAAGAGACUACUCUACCUAUUAUUCGGUAAACAAUAGUCAAUUUUAUUAAUCAACUUAUAAUGUUUGAUCAUUCAGUGUCAGGAUCACUCGAGCCUUCACUCCUCGAAAAGAGAAUAUCCGAUGCCUUUGAUGUAUUUGACAAUGCGAGAAGCCACGAAGUGGAUGUGAGGGAGUUGGGAACAAUCAUCAGGUCCCUCGGAUGCGUUAUGAGUGAAGCUGAACUGCAGGAAAUUCAGGUGCAGGUAGAGGACGUCGAGAAUAACUGCGUGACGCAGGAGAGAUUCGUCGAGUACAUGUCGAAAGCCAUUUGCGAGCAAAAAUUCAAGCCGGCGGACCCAGAAGAUCUCUUGCGAGCUUUUCAGUUUCUAGACCCAGAGAAUAAUGGAUACAUAAUGCGGGCUGACAUGGAAAAAGCGAUGAUGGAGAUAGGUGAGCCAUUCACCAAGGAAGAGAUAGACGAGAUGAUGUCGGUGGCGUGCGAUCCAAUAACUAAUAAAAUCAACUACGAGCAUUACAUAAAUCUGCUGAUAGUGGACUAAUUGUGAUGAUGCUCACAACGUAAUCGAGGCCCUCUUGAACAGUGUGAUCACUUGAGUAAACUAAUGUUUUCUUGGUAUUCUGCACUGCAACUGGACUUUUCUGGGAGAUCUCUUCCGCAAGCUUGAGGGUCUCUGUCCAUAAACUAGUGAACAAAAGAUUUGACAUUUCAAGAAAAUUCAAUCGGAAAACCUUGCGCUGUCUCCAAGAAAUUGAAAUUUCAUUGAAUACCAUUGAAAUUUCAUCCUCAAUUCUAUUCUAUUUUUUCCGUUUAUUUAUA